AUCAGAUGACGUGUUGGUUUUGGGGUGAGUGGGCUGGAUCGCUGACCCGGACGUGCUCCUGCACAGUGCGAGUCCCGGCAGAGUUCACAGCAGCGCUGGGGAGUGUGUGAGGUGCAGCACGUGAGUACGAUCACAAGUGGUGUGUGUGUGAUUUCACAGAGAGAGGUGCUGUGGGUCUGUGUGACCUCGUGUGCCAGCCAGCCAGCCCUCGUUGCAGUUGGACCAGCAUGCCGCUUGCUCCCCGUCGCCAUGGCAGCCCGCUCUCGCACCCGGACCCUGCAGGUGGUGGACACGGAGUUCAGUGCGGACGCUGUGGAGUGGUGCCCUGUGCCUGGCUGGCACUCCCUCCUCGCCUGCGGCACCUACCAGCUGCAGAGACCCUCUGACAAGGCUGGGGGGGAGUCUGAGCCCCCCCUCCGAGUGGGCCGGCUCUACCUGUACCGAUUCAGCACCGAGGAGGGCUGCGCUGCCCCCCUGAUGGAGCUGCAGAGGGCCGACGCCCCUGCCAUCCUGGAUAUGAAGUGGUGCCACGUGCCGGUGUCAGAGCGCCCUCUCCUGGGCAUUGCGAAUGCCAGGGGAGCGCUGGAGCUGCAGCAGCUGACGGGCAGCGAGAAAUCUGGCUGUGCCCUGGAGGCGGUCUCCAGCCUGGAUCUGGGUCCUGAUAGGCUGGCUCUGUCUCUGGACUGGUCCACGGGGCGGGGGGAAAGCUCUGCCUCCUCAGUGAAGGUUGUCUGCAGUGACUCGAAGGGCUGUGUCAGCCUGCUGUCUCUCUGUGGCUCAGCUGCCUCGCUCCACCUGCUCUCCCAGUGGAAGGGACACGAGUUCGAGGCCUGGAUCGCAGCCUUUGACUACUGGAACAGUGAUGUGCUGUACUCAGGGGGUGAUGACUGUCGUCUGAAGGGCUGGGAUGUGAGGACGGGCUCCUCGUGCCCAAUCUUCACCAGCAGGAGGCACUCGAUGGGCGUCUGCAGCAUCCAGAGUAACCCUCACAGAGAGCACGUCCUGGCUACUGGGAGCUAUGAUGAGCACGUGCUCCUGUGGGACUCUCGGCACAUGAAGCAGCCGCUGGCCGACACACACGUGCGGGGCGGGGUGUGGAGGCUCAAGUGGCACCCUUCCCAUGAGCCUCUGCUGCUGGCGGCCUGCAUGCACAACGACUUCCACAUCCUGGACUGCAGGGCGGUGCUGGACGGCAGCUCUGAAGAGAGUGAAAUCAUCUCCUCGUACAUCCUUCACAACUCCCUGGCGUACGGUGCUGAUUGGUCGAGGCUGAGCCUGGCUGGCCCCGCCCCUGCGGAGGAGGAAGGGGAGGGGCUGGCUGACCCCGCCCCUGCGGAGUGGGAAGGUGAGGGGCUGGCUGGCCCUGCCCCUGCGGAGGGGGAAGGUGAGGGGCUGGCUGGCCCUGCCCCUGCGGAGGGGGAAGGGGAGGGGCUGGCUGGCCCCGGCGCUGUGGAGGGGGAAGGGGAGGGGCUGGCUGGCCCUGCCCCUGCGGAGGGGGAAGGUGAGGGGCUGGCUGGCCCCGCCCCUGCGGAGGGGGAAGGUGAGGGGCUGGCUGGCCCCGCCCCUGCGGAGGGGGAAGGGGAGGGGCUGGCUGGCCCCGCCCCUGCGGAGGGGGAAGGGGAGGGGCUGGCUGGCCCCGCCCCUGCGGAGGGGGAGGGUGAGGGGCUGGCUGGCCCCGCCCCUGCGGAGGGGGAAGGGGAGGGGCUGGCUGGCCCCGCCCCUGCGGAGGGGGAGGGUUACCUGCAGAUUCAUUACGAGUCCCCGACGGCCAGCUUCGACACGGCUCUGGAAGACGUGCAGGGGCGCUACCGCCCCGAGCCCCUCACCCCAGCCCCGCGCUCCCAGAGCAGCAGCCCCCCCACGGAGAGCAGCCUGCUGGCCACGUGCUCCUUCUACGACCACGUGCUGCAUGUGUGGAGGUGGGACUGCAGCCCCGCCUGACCAGCACUGGGGCUGAUGAAGAUACACAUUCCCAGGUCAGGUUUACUGACAGGGGUUACAGAAAGUGCAGCUGGGAGUGAAAUAUUUCACCUGAACUGAGCCCUGGCUGCAGUUUCAAAGAGCUUUUCCAGUCAUUUUGUAUGAACUCAUGCGAUUGAAACAAUAAUAAGACUAAUCAAAGUUGUGUGGUGCUGUGUGACCGCCACGUUCAAAUUGUCAUAAUAAAAAGGAUCUUAAUAAA